AUUAAUCUGAAUGAAUGAAUUUGGAAUGAAUGAACAAACUAUAUAAGGAAAGAACCAAUGAUAAUAAAUGCAAAGAACUGACCUGACAAGUCAUUAUUUUUUUAUAACAAUAAAUUUAAUUUACUUAUAGAAUUGUUCCUACUUUGUGUUGAUAAUAAUAAAUAAAUAAAAACAUUAAUACCAGAUAAAUUUAAAAUGUUAAUUGCCUCUAUAGUAAAAAUAAGUAUUCAAACAUAUAUUAUUGACUUCAAAAGUUGAAACGAGAAAUAAAAGAAAAUGCAUAAUUUAGACUCAGAUAGUGAAGAUGAAUUACCUCCUGGGUGGGAAGAAAAGCCAACAGAAGAUGGAAAUGUCUAUUUUGUCAAUACAUGUAAUAAUAAAAUACAAUGGACCCACCCUCGUACAGGCCAUAAAAAAGUUAUUCCCAAAGAUUUACCAUUUGGUUGGACAAAGACUGUUGAUGAAAAUGGAAAACCGCUGUAUGUACAAACAGAGACUGGAAACAAAACUUACGUAGAUCCAAGAUUAGCAUUUGCAAAAGAGGAGAAAAAGCAUGUGAAUGAUUUCCGUCAAAGAUUUGAUGGUUCAUCUACUGCUUUUCAGGUUCUUCAUGGUAUUGAUUUGUCUGGCAAAUAUGCCCUUAUCACAGGCUGUAAUGCUGGUAUUGGAUUUGAAACCGCCAAAUCUUUAGCAAGGCAUGGUUGCAACAUCUUACUUGCUAAUCGCAACAUGGAAUCUACGCAGCAAGCUAUUGAGCAGAUUGUUAAAGAAACAAAAAUAUCCGAAGAUAACUUGAAAUCUAUACAUCUGGACCUAAGCUCAUUGAAUAGUGUGAAAAAGUGUGCUAUGACCGUUAAAACUGUUUUUUCAGAUCAUCUGGAUAUGUUAAUAUUGAAUGCCGGUGUAUUUGGAUUACCGUAUGAGGAGACAGAGGAUAAACUAGACAGAACAUUUCAAGUGAACCACCUCUCUCACAUGUAUUUAACGUUAUUACUUGAACCAUUACUGAGAAAAGGUUCCAGAGUAGUCUUUGUAUCUUCAGAAUCACAUAGAAUGGCGACCUUAAAAAAUGUAUUUGUGAAACAAAAUCUUGCACACCCAAAAGAACAAUACAGCGCAAUGACAGCUUAUGCAAAUUCAAAAUUGUACAAUAUUAUCACUGCAAAGAUUUUAAGUGAAGAAUGGAAGGACAAAGGUAUUGCAGUAAACUCUUUGCAUCCUGGAAACAUGGUAUACACAAAUUUAUCAAAAACUUGGUGGUUUUAUCAAUUACUAUUUUUGUUAGUGCGGCCUUUCACUAAAUCUUUGCAACAAGCAGCUGCUACAACAGUUUAUGUCGCUACUGCGUCGGAGUUGGAAGGUGUAACGGGGCUUUACUUCAAUAACUGCUUUUAUUGCGAAGAAGCAAGCUUGGCUCGGGACAAAGAUAUAGCACACGAGGUCUUUUCUAUAUCUCUGGACAUGAUAGAAGAAAGAGUUGGUCGCGAAAAUAUAGAAAAAUAUUUCGAGAAAUAUUGUGAUCAUAAACAAAGUCAACAAUAAGCCUUUUAUUCUAAGCUUUUUUUCUAGGUGCAGGAUGUGUGUCAAAUAGGACGUCUUUAAAGCUAUUUAUAAAUUUUUAACAGAUUAUAAUUGCUUAGUUUCCUUUUUAUAGCACAGAAAAUAAAUGUAAUAUAAUAAUAUAUUUUUAAUUUAACGUGGUGAAAAUAAUUAUAUUUUUACAUAAGUAUAUAAAAACGUAAACACUGUUCCAUGACUACAUUAUUUGUAAACUAGAACAGAUGAAAUAGUUUUUUUUUCUAUUAAAAAAAACGCAUGAGUAUUUGUAGUGUUAUAAAGUGGUUUUAAGAAAUAGACUUCAGUAAAUUACAAUACUUGCCAUGGAUAUCGAUUUAAGAGGUAUUUUUAAACCUCAACAAAACAUUUAGUCAGCUUUUACUUACAAGCUGUGAAAACAGCGAAGAAAGGUGUGUAAUAAAAAUGCCUCUACUUUCA